AUGAAUACGAGUGUGCUAUCUGGAAGUACUAAUGGUUAUAAUGCCUCUAAAAAGAGUUAUGCAAGAUUAUAAGGAUAAUAGAUGUUUUUAUCACCCUAAAAUAAAACUUAUUAGUCCAAGCUAUCAAAUUUAAUAUAAAAUGAGCUAAUUGCUGUAAACAUGAGAAAUUUGAAGCAUUUUUAAGAUACAGAGAUUAGUAAAGACAAUUUAAAAACAGAAAAGUCUCUAGAUCACUUUAGAUUAAGUGAGUAAGACAAUCGAACAUUUUAGUAAUAAAAUAGAAUUGUUGAGACCCCUUAGCUCUCAUCAACUUAGACUCAUUAGAAAACGCUGAGCACUUACGAUUUCAAUAAGUAAAGAUUAUCUUAAUCAAGUUCAAAGUGCUCUUCAGUCAAAGCAAAAUCUAUUCAUGUUAAAGCCUAAAGUAAUAUCCCUAAAAAUCUAGUUGACUCGUUUUAAUAUGCUGAUGUACUUCUCUCUGGUACAGAGGAAUUUGAAGGAGAUACAAUAAAGGGUUACAAUCAAGAGAUAAAUAACAUCAUUAAAGAAAUUAAUGAGUCCUCAACUAAACUUGGAAAACGUAAAGGCAAAGACUACUUGACUAAUCCAAGAAACAGUUAGUAGAAUAUUUAACUGUGUCCUUAUCAAGACAUCGAUUUAUCUUCAAAUUGCAGCGAUUUUCAAACUAGCCUUCAUACUCUGAGAGAUAAUUUCAUUCCACAUUUACUCUCAAAUAUAAAUGAGAAAAAAUAAGAGGAAAAUGGUGGCUAGUUGAUGGAUAACAACAAGAGAAUAUUCAGCAAAAGGGGUUCAUAAGCCACUUCAGCUACUUAUAGAAGUGGCUCUAGGGAUAAAGAUGAAACUAGAAGUAAGAUUAGCCUGUUUGUUUAGUAAGAUCCAGCCAUAAUGAAAAAAUGCAGAUCUCCAAACAGGUCAGAUACUAUGGCUUAAAUUAUAGAAAAAAUGUACCAGGAUCAGGCUCUACUUUUGCAAUCUGAAACUGUGCAAAUAAACAAGAUAUAAAAGCAAAGAUAGUAAAAUCAAAGAAAACUGAAAGAAAAUUAGCAAGAAAUCACAAAUCUUCUAACUGUCUAAAAGACAUUAGUGUAAAAAAUAGAUAUAUAAGAGCAUAAAAACUUUUAGCUUCAGGAAUAUUUAAAUAAUUUAAGACCUCAAAUACUCUAAUUUAAGUAGAAUCUGGAGGAAACUAAGUAAAAAGUAGAUAAAGAUAUGUAUGAUCUGACCUUGAAGCGGUAAAGAAUAAGGACUUAUGUAUAAUCUCUGCAAAGAGAUAAUAUGUAGCAAAGAGAGGAUUUUGAUCUUUUGAUUGAUGAGGAAAAUGAAAAGAUCAAAAUAGCCAUGAGCGUUUGUGAAGAAUCUAUGAUGGUUAAGAAAAGACUUGAAUAGUAAUUAAGAAGAGCUCAUGUGUCAGAGAAGGAGAAAGAGAGAGAUUUAAGUUAAAAGAGAGCUAGACUAUAAAAAUAAAUAAAUACUGCUAUGAUUUGCGCGCAAGUAGACUUGUCGAGAGUUGGAGACAGAAGUUAAAAUGAGGGUUUAAAUACUAGUAGCAAUAAGAGAUUGACACCAAGUAAAAGCAAUAAAAGUAAUUUAAGUGGUUAUCAUAGAAAAGAACUUUCUAAUUUGAGUCCAUCAAGAUCCUUUGAUAGUGGAAAUAGUUAUGAAGGCUUUAGUGGGACAAGUGCUAUGUACAAUAAUAGAGGAGGGUAUGAAACAUGUAAAGCAGCUUCUAAGAAAAUUAAUUUGUGA